AUGCUUAACGCGAAUUUUUCGUUUGCCGUUUCGCCCACAGCUGACGAGUGCGUGGACCGAGCAGGAGCCACGGACAUGCUGGGAGCCGUGUCCUGUUACGACUACCUAACUAGGUACGGCAUGGGACACUGUUCGAACCCGUACAUCCGGGAAAACUGUUGCGCAGCCGUCAAGUACGUGUGCAACGGAGGCGGCCCGUCGCGGCAACUGCAACUGCAACAGUUCGGCUGA